UGGGCUCAUAACACUACAUAGAGUUUAUUGGAAGUCGCUUUGGAGAAAGCAUCUGCUAAAUAACUGUCAUAUUUUUUGUUGUGCCCCCCCAAGAUGUGAUUUUUUUAUAGCCCAGUUUUUAAGUACUGGGAAAAUAUCCAUAUUUUUGUUUCUGUGUUAAUUAUGUUUUCUUAUUAGCUUUCAAUUACAAGAAUGCAGAGCCUUUGAAGUUUGCCCUAAAAAGAUGAUGCAAAUUUGGCAAGGUGUUAAAAUCUUUAGCUAGUGUAAUACUUACCGUGGUUUUAUUUAUCCUAUCCAACUCAAAUUUUUAUGCAAAGGGAAGAUGCACCUGUUUGACAACUUAAUAUUGGUGACUGCUUUUCAGUCAGUGUUGGAGAACAGAGAAAGCUUUAGAUAAGGUUAGGAGGUUAGGGAUAAGUAUGAAGUAUUUGUAAAUUAAUAAACAAUUAUAAAGUAAUUGAAAAAAUAUAAGUAUUGAUAUGAAUUUGUUUUUUUUUUCUCCCCAAUUUUUAAUGGACUUUACUGUGGUUUGGGGGUAUUUGACUUAUGAGAUUUCUGCAUUCUAUAUUUUAUUGGUGAAGCUGGAGAUAGCAAGUAUUAGUAAGAGGUUGGAGGGGUCUCUGACUGCCACCCAGAAAUCACAUGGUGACUGACAGGUUCCUUUGCGUGGUUGCUCUUGAGGUUCUUGUUCAUAACUUUUCAGCUUUCUUCACAGGGUCACUUGUUUCUGUUUUUUUAUUAAAAAUAACAGGUAUUUAUAUACAGCUAAACAGGUUUAUGUAUUAACAAGCAAUGACCGUGGCACUAAAUAAAAGUAUCAGGGAAAUGGAGAAAACAUAUAAAGCUGUAGCGUGACUUGUUUUGUGGUCAAGGUGAAUGUUUAGAGGGUGAGUUCACAGCUGAAAUACAGGAUAAAGCUCAUGCACUUGAACAGCUGGGCGGGGGGGGAGUACAUUUCUGAAAAGCUUACACAGUUGUUGUCCUCCGUGAGCAUCAAAUCAAAGUAGCCUGUCUCAAUGUAAAAUUUAUGCUGCCAAAUGGUGGCUGGGACUCAAGAGUUUUGCGUGUGUGUGUGUCUAUAUACUGUAUAUAUAUAUGUGAAAAUAUGUUUUUAGUAUCUAUAUUUUUGGGAUAAAAUUGCCCUCCUCCCUCUCUGCAGUGUAGUAAAUGUAAAAGGCAGAGGUAAAAUAUCCCUGCAAAAAAGGGAUCUUUUUAUUGUUCAUAUGUGCUGGGCAAUGCAUUCAGGUAGUGAGGAUCUAAUAUUGCGUGUGUUUCUCAUACAAUGAUUCAGAUGACUGACAUUAUUUGAUUCAUGUCUGUUGUUAGAAAUUAUGAAGAAUAAGGAAUUACAUGUCCAAGUGAAAAGCUAUUUAUAUCAUGGAAUUUUAUUUUGGAUCAUUGCAUUUUUUAUGAAGCUUGCUUCGAAGAAGUAUGUUGCAUCAAGCCAGUUUCAUCUUCCGCAAGAAAUCUAAGCACACCGUACAACGGAUAAUACCCGAAAUAAUAAUGGAAGAUAAAUUCACGUCUAAAUUAUCUCCAGCCCUUGAUUAUGGAGCAGGAAUGUUUCUUAUAAUUGUGGCUGUCCUGUCUGUCCUGGGAAACGCAGCAGUUAUAGCCACUGCUGCCAAGCGGCUACCUUUUCUGAAAGCUUCAGAGCUGCUUACAGUCAACUUGGCCUUGACUGACAUCGGCAUGACUGUCAGCAUGUACCCGCUGUCCAUCGUCUCAGCCUUUAACCACGCCUGGGUCGGAGGUGAUCCAGCGUGUAUCUACUAUGGCUUGAUGGGCUUCUUUUUCAGCGUGGCCAGUAUUAUGACACUUACAGUCAUGGGUGUGGUGAGGUAUCUGGUCACAGGAACCCCUCAUCAUUCAGGCAGCAAGUUUAAGAAGAGGACCAUUUCUGCAGUGAUUUUAUUCAUUUGGUUGUACGCCAUGCUUUGGGCUGUACUUCCGGUGCUGGGAUGGGGAGAUUAUGGACCAGAACCAUUUGGACUGGCCUGCUCUGUUGACUGGGCUGGGUAUCGACACUCGCUGAGUGGAUCUACAUUCAUUAUCGCCAUUUCCAUCCUCUGUACAUUCAUUCCUUGCUUGCUCAUCAUGUUGUCCUACAGUGGUAUUGCAUGGAAACUCCACAAAGCUUACCAAGCUAUUCGGAACGGUGAACACCUUCAAAAAUCUGGAAGCGUUGAAAAGAAGUUAACACUGAUGGCUGUCAUGGUAAGCUUUGGCUUCAUGGUCACCUGGACACCCUACGUGCUCGUGAGCUACUGGACCAUGUUCCACUCCGCAGGCAGAGAAAGCAUAGCGCCUGUAGUGAGCUUGCUGCCGUGUCUCUUUGCCAAAUGUUCCACAGCCUACAACCCCUUCAUAUACUACAUCUUCAGAAGAUCUUUCAGGAGGGAGGUCAAACAGCUUGCGUGCUGCUGCGACAUCUCGCAUAACUCUCUGUCUGCAAGGAGCUCCGCUGCAAACUACUUUGCGAGACACAAACGGAAUACAAAAGGUGUCCCUCUGGUUAAGAUGAGAGGUGCAACUUUGCAAAAACAUCAAGAUGGAGAAAUUAUAAGUUCCUUCUAACUGUAGGAGGGGGAUGCUUUCCGUAUUGUCUGUGCAGGGUUUUGUUUUCACAAAAAACUGCAGUGUAUGUUAAAGCAUGUAAUAAUUAGCCAUAUUUGCACCUGGAACCCAAUCCCCUUUAUAAAUAUAUUCAUCCUUUCAUGUAAUACCUCUACAAAAAUGAACAAGUUUCAAAGUAUCUAAAAACAUGAUGUUAUUUAUACGUGUGGUGGGUCCUCAACAUGCAAACACAAUGGGGACCAGAAGUCUCUUUGUAGCUUGAUGUUCAUAACCCUAAAGUCACUUACUGAAAAACAAUUAAAGCAGAAUAUACAGACAUAUAUCCAAUUAUUAAUAGGUUGGGUUCUGUGAAGCCUCAGACAAAGCUAUGAUCAUUUAAAAAUCUAUUGUCCUGCUUUCUUCUACCAUAUCCUGAUCUGAAAUUUCUUGGGAUGUAAAAUUUGGUUUGAA